UAUAACACACGAGCAGCUUCACACCAUGUUUGUUCUGGGUCUGCUCACCUGUGUCGUGCUAAGAGCAUUCAGUGCUCAAGCAAAAGUGGUGGAUAGCUUUGAUGAGUGUAAAGAGUUUUUCUACCAAGGCAAAGAACCAAGCGGAAUGGAUCAGAAUGCCAUGAAAAUCUGUCAGAAGCUGGAAAAUAGAGGCUUUUAUUAUGCUUCUCUGUACUCGGUUCAUCACAAGAUCCCUCUCUACAGCGCCUACACAUUGGACCCUGCAUGCACAACCGACAAUCAAAGGGCAAACACCUGGCACCUCGAGCCACAGAUUUCCCAAUCUACAUCCACAAUUGAUCAUAUGGUCCGUGAGGAUCGAAAUACUGAAAAUAUUUAUAAAGGGAAUCAAGCCAUCAGCAGCGACUACAGUGGCACCGGAUAUGAUCGUGGACACCUGAACCCCAACAGCUUCCAAUGUGGUGUCGGCCGUACAGCAACGUUCACACUGACCAAUGCUGCACCUAUGAUUGGGCGUUUCAACCGUGCCCACUGGAGAGGAUGCGAGAGAACGCUGAGGAGUUAUUUAAUACAGAGGCUUGUCAUGGAUGCUGGCUUAGCAACAGCUUUCAUUGUCACAGGUACAGUACCUGAUCUCAAUGUACGGAUACCAGAAGACCGUAAAAAGGUCACGGUGCCCUCUCACAUCUGGACGGCCGUCUGUUAUAAACAUCUCCUUUCUGACCAUAAAUCCUUUUCCUUCGGCUAUAUUGUGAGAAACCAGGAGGAAGAGCCUGUCAUACACGUCAUGAGUGUCUCAAAGCUGAAUAAUGAGCUUCAGUGGUACUUUGGAACCCAUCAGCCAAUUGGAAUUUUUGCUGAUGAUUGUUUUAGUGACGAAAAUAAAUUAGUUGAGAUUCAGGCUGUGUUUCAGAAAUUAUCUAAUCUACCAGUGAGCCAAGCAGGCAUGCAAGGCACGUCUCUUGCGGUAAAAAGGACCUUCAGCAGUGACAGCACACCUGGAAAAAAAGUCAAGGUGGAUGAGAACACAGGAAAGAUAGCCUUUGACAGCAUGAGCACUUACUACAGUCUGGCAGAGGAGCUGAAGGUUUUUGCUCUAAGUGCUUGUCUUAUAACUUAUGUCAAAUCACAAGUGAGGGAAAUUCAUGAUGAGCUCAGAAAAAGGGAGGUAUCCGCAGGGUCAGAUGCUGUUGAAUGCCUGCUGGUUCCAGAGGAGCAGAAGACAGCAGCUGACGGCUCAGUCUGCAUAAGUGUCACAGAAUCUGAUUACAGCUGUCAAUGCAACACAGGAGGUGAAACCAAGCCCUGCUGCUCCUCUCCCUGCUUGUACCAGAACAAAUUCAAUGGCUACAGGUGUUACGCAGACCAGAAGCUGAUAGAGUGCUCACCCCCAUACUCACGCAUCACUGUUAAUGGAAAGAGGUGCUUGGAUAAUCACCCCUGUGCCACAUAUGGUAAGGACUACUACUGGUGCUGGACCAAUUAUAGUCCCUUCUUUUUAGACUUGGAGUGGGACUACUGCAGCCCUCCGCUGUGGAACAGUAAGGCUAAUAAUGGGAAGUACUGCCGCAGCAACCAUGCCUGUGCAAAAUAUGGUUCAAGAUAUACAUGGUGCUACACAGAUGAUAAAGGCAACUGGGAUUACUGUUGCACAAACUGUAGCCAGUAGAUGGCUUACAGUGCUAAUUACAAUUAAUACUAAAGCAUGACGUUGCAAAGUUGAUUGUGAUUGUACUUGCAUUUCUUACAAACAUAUAGUCUCUCAUAUGUGCAUCUGAAAUUAACAUCUGCUUAAAAUGUACUUUUCCCUGAUGAUUUGUAUGCAAAAACAAAAGGAUCAAUAAAAACAUCUAUGAACCUUUAA